CUGGAAAGCAUUACAACAAUCGCAUCAUCGCCAUCAAACCAAACAAAAGCAGAAGAUCAGAAAGCAAAAACGCAUACUUUAUUUAUUCGACGAAAUACAAUGAUGGUUCGACAGGAGAACAUGGUAGCCUUUUUGGCAACUGCAACGAUGUUAUGGACGGCGAGCCCGUCGGGCACAUCCGCCUUUUCCAUACAGAAAAGUGGCCCUGGAACAAGAACAAUAACGACGGCAGCCACACCAACGCCAAUAGCUAUGGCCAACGUKUUCCCAUUCAGUAGACACCGCCCUGGRUUUGUUUUUGCCCUGGAGGCCUCCUCAGAGGAUACCACCACUGCGGAUACGGGCACUGGCAACGGAAUCGACAUAAUGGACGAGGUCGAUUCCAUCUUCAAGAGCAUCGACACGAACGGCGAUGGUGUCAUCUCACCGGAAGAGCUGAGGACGCAUCUAGUCGACAAGAUGGGCUACACGACGGACUACACCACCUAUCUCUUCGACUCGAUCGAUACGGACUCGGACGGGUCCAUCACCCUCGACGAAAUGAAAUUUGCCUUUUACAACUUUGAGGCUCUGAGCAUGUACAUGACCCUCGGCAUGGGUGGGGCCGACGUUACCAAGCGGGAUGUCUUCAAGACCUUGGCCCGCAACCAGAGUGGGGACUUUGGAAGCGGGGCCUCCAGCGACAAGCUCCUAUUGGAGGACCUGGCCGACCUGGUCUUUGACAUGAUCGAUACGGACCGCAGCGGGCAGAUCUCUAAAGAGGAGCUGAGGGCACACUUUGACGCCGUCACGUCCAAGCUGUCCGACGGGGUGGCGGCUACGGACACGCAGUCGAAAGACUACGUCCGGACAAUGUUUGCGACGCUGGACGCCGACAAGGACGGUGACAUUUCCAGGGAGGAGGUCCGCACGGCCUUUCAAAAAUACGACGUCAAGCUGCUUGCGCGGACCUUUGGGCUGAGGGUCUACCAGUUGUCGGAGUAGGAAGGAAGGAAUGGAGAAGAGCGAAACCAUUCAGCGAGGAAUGAAGGAUGACUUUGUUUGAGCACGAAAUUCCUUUGAGAAAUACAURGAAAASUAGUAG